GAAGGAAAUAUUAUUGAAAAAAAUGAAUUAUUUGAUUUAAUACAAGAUUUAAAUGAUCUGGAAAUUAUUGAAUUAAAUGAUUUCAUUCCUCUCUAUAAAAUUCUUGAUGAACAGCAACAAAGAAAAAUUGAUAUUAUUUUAGAUUCUAAUGACUGUAAAUCAUCUUCAUUGGAAAAAAGAAUUUCUGAUUGA